AUGGAGUUAAGAAUCGAACCAGAUGAACAAGCAAAGCAAACAAUCAAGAUCCUAUCAGAUGCAAUGGUGUCGAUGAGUAGAAAGAUGCCUCCGCCUUCAGAAGCUCCAAUUAAUCUCGCAAAAUUUCAAGACAUUGAAAUUGACAAAGCACAGGGACUGGAGCAAUUGAGCCAGACAAAUGAUGCGGCUUCUAUUGCAGUGGGGAAAUCUGUGCCUACUUCAAAAGAAGUGGUGGUUGAUGAACCACAAACUCAACUACAAGGGGCACAUGGACUGGAUCAAUUGAGCCAGACAAAUGAUGAGAAUUCUCUUCCAAUGGGGAAAUCCGUGCCUACUUCAAAAAAAGUGCUGGUUGAUGAAAAACAAACUCAACCACAAGAACAUGCAACGAAUGUCUCCACGACAGAAAAGAAGAGAUCCCAUCAAGAUUCCACCGGGCGGGAUUCAGCUAUGACAUCCACCUAUACCAAAAGGUCGAGAAGCACUGGUACCAGGAAAAGGAAAGCAUUGAAAGACACAAGUAUCCCAAGCUUUAACCUGGAAAAACUAGAGAUCAUUGCGGCUGUUGCAGAACAAGUUGAGAAAAACCCAGAGGUGGUUGAAGCAGUCCCUUUGAGCAUAAUUCCACCCGAUUGGAAUGUUGCUUCUACCACGGGUCGUCUACUCAUGGUGGACAAAAAUGAGUGUACCACGCCACCGCCUGCAAUCUCAAAUAAAGUUGAAGUACUUGAUGAAGGGUUAACAAAGACAGUGGAAAAGAUCCUCAAUCAAAAACCUAGGAGGAGAAAUCCACCAAGAAUCCACCGGUUGCCCGAACGGUUCAAGUCGCCGUUCAUGCUGCAGAAGAAAAACAAGAAAAAAUUCAUACAGUUGACAGAGGAGAAGAAGAAAAUGACCGAAGAAGAAGCCCUGUUGAUAGACUUCGCUCUCUUGCAGAGACAAGAAGAAAUAGUUAAAUCAGGGAAUUUCUUGUUUGAAUUUGGAAAAAUUGUUUGGGCAGACAGGACAGCAUUCUAUUCCAUGAGGGAAGGCACAUGGAUAGAAAAUAGCAUCAUAGAUGCUUACGCUGUCAUCCUAAAUAAAGAAGAAGCUAAAAGUGACUCCCCAAGUCGGAUAUUCUUUGGUGUUUCCGUAUUUGGUAGUAACAAAGAGGAAAUCGAGUUCACGUUCUAUGAGAGGUUGGCUCUUGAACUAGAAGAACAAGGACUCCGUGUAGGAUCCCUGAUAGUGGCAAAAGCUAUCUACUUCCCAGUACACUACCGAGAGCAUUACUUCUUGUACGUGUUGCUGGUUCAAGAAAAGAAAGUCCUUGCAUUCAACAAUCUUCAUGCAAAAGAUCUGGACUACUACAAGCCAACAAAAGAUCUACCUUUCUUUAAAAUGUACCUUCAAUGUGUGUUUCCAAACAUAGAACUGGUCACUACUCAGUACACCUUCACAGAGGUUACGCUACUAUCGCACAACGACAAAAAGCCGAAUGCGGAAGAUUGUGGAAUAUUCACAAUGCACCACAUGGAGAAGUAUGAUGGUGGUAACUACGAGGACGGUACUACUUUGGAUUUCCACACAGGAAACAUCAAAGAGUACCGGUGGAGAUACAUGUUAAAAAUCCUUAUGCACCCAUCCAACAAAAAUAAGGACAAAAUCCUCGAAGCUAUGCACCAGUUCUACAAAAAUACUGCUGAAGAAGAACCAAAAGAAAUUCCAGAUCAUGUUGAUUUGAGCAGCAAAUCUUACUACAAUGACAAAAAAAUUCAGGGAUGGGUUAAAUGA